GAAGAAAGACAGCCAGAACGGCGGGUGGCUCCUCCCGGCGCCCGCGCGGGGAUUUUCCAGCCGUGGCUCUGACGCCGCCGCCACCGGGACCAUGGGCGACCGAGGGACGCGAGUUUUCAAGAAGGCAAGUCCAAAUGGAAAGCUUCUACCUGGUCCCUAUGACCCAGAUACAAGAAUACGUAGUUAAUGAGCCAUCUAAGAAAAAAGAUGGACUGGAGUUGGAAGAGGGAGUUACAUGCCCAGCCUUCAGGGAAGCUCCAGUCCAGCGGUGUGCUGCUCACAGUCUACCUGGGAAAGAGAGACUUUGUGGACCACAUCGAUAUCGUUGAUCCCGUCGAUGGUGUGGUUCUGGUGGAUCCUGAGUACCUCAAAGAGAGAAGAGUGUACGUGACUCUGACCUGCGCCUUCCGCUAUGGCCGGGAGGACCUGGAUGUGCUGGGCCUGACCUUCCGCAAGGACCUAUUUGUGGCCAACAUCCAGUCCUUCCCACCUGCCCCUGAAGACAGGCCCCUCACUCGGCUCCAAGAACGGCUCAUCAGGAAACUGGGAGAGCAUGCCUACCCCUUCACCUUUGAGAUCCCUCCAAACUUGCCCUGCUCGGUGACACUGCAGCCUGGGCCUGAGGACACAGGGAAGGCCUGUGGUGUGGAUUAUGAAGUCAAGGCCUUCUGUGCAGAAAAUCUGGAGGAGAAAACUCACAAACGGAAUUCUGUGCGCCUGGUUAUCCGGAAGGUCCAGUAUGCCCCGGAGAGGCCUGGUCCCCAGCCCACAGCUGAGACGACUCGUCAGUUUCUGAUGUCCGACAAGCCUUUGCACUUGGAGGCCUCUCUGGACAAGGAGAUCUACUACCAUGGGGAGCCCAUCAGUGUUAAUGUCCAUGUCACCAACAACACCAACAAGACAGUGAAGAAGAUAAAAAUCUCAGUGCGCCAAUAUGCCGACAUCUGCCUGUUCAAUACGGCACAGUACAAAUGUCCCGUGGCUGUGGAGGAGGCUGAUGAUAUGGUGGCUCCAAGUUCAACAUUCUGCAAAGUCUACACCCUUACCCCAUUCCUGGCCAACAACCGUGAGAAGCGAGGCCUGGCCUUGGAUGGCAAGCUGAAGCAUGAAGACACCAACUUGGCUUCUAGUACCCUCAGGUUGAGGGAUGGCACAAAUAAAGAGAUCUUGGGAAUCAUCGUGUCCUACAAAGUCAAAGUCAAGCUGGUCGUUUCCCGAGGCGGCCUGUUGGGAGAUCUCGCAUCCAGUGACGUGGCUGUAGAACUGCCCUUCACCUUGAUGCACCCGAAGCCCAGAGAGGAGCCUGUACGUCGUGAAGUUCCAGAGAAUGAAGCGCCCAUAGAUACCAAUCUCAUAGAACUUGAUACAAACGAUGACGACAUUGUGUUUGAGGACUUUGCUCGACAGAGACUGAAAGGUAUGAAGGACGACCAGGAAGAAGAGGAAGUCCCAAACUCGCCGCACUUAAACAACACAUAAGACUGGACUCUUCUUGCUCUUCUCGGGUGGUUCCUGGUUUAACUCUUGUGAAUUAAGCUGCUUGUUAUCUGUUCUUCUUUUUCUUCUCCCUCUUCUUUUUCUGGGUAUUUCUUUCCCCUUCUGUUUUUCUACUUCUACCAGGAGACUCCAGAGGACUUAUGUAGGUAUCAUCAGGGAUCUUUACCACCUGGCUUUGACCCACUCGUCACCAUAUCACUGAGCCUCCCCAGUGGAUGCCUCGUUUCUGCCCUGGAGAACAGAUGAAUGGCUUACUACUCUUCUUCCAAACUUAAUCCAUACCAGGCCCUCUGUUUCUGUCUCACCUUCGAUCCCCUCCAGCCAGCCAGCUAGCCUUCAGUCUUCUCCAUGUGGCCAGUCUCUAGGAGCUUCCCAAUCCGCAAUCUUUGGAUUGUAUCUCUUCUGCACACAUUGGGUGGAAUCCAUCCAAUGGAUUUGAGUGUAUGAAUGUGGAGUCUGGUGAGGGAGAAGGGAAAGGAUUGCCAGUUUAUGUGUGUUUGGGGGUCAAAGCAGGAGGAUGGUUCUAGGCACAGCUACUGAGGGUGUAGGACGUGACAUAGUUUUAGUUAAUGGCGUGCUCGGAAUGGUCAGUGAGACAACUUGGCUGAACUGCCUUGGUACACAGAGAUGGCGGUGGCAAGUGGGGAGCUAUUCACUGGGCUCUCCAUCCUUCCACCCCCUUCCCAGUAUUUUGGUGUUUUGGACAGUGAUGGUGUUAUAACAGUUCAAUAAGACAAAGCAGUCAAACUGAUGCUCCUACCAGCAGUUACCACGUUGAAUGCAGGUCACAAGAAUUAGCACAAACAUUUUAAUACUGUCAGAACUUAGCCUCUUAAGUGAUAUGCAUCUUAUAUGUCUUAGAGACAGAGGAAGAGAGAGCUGGAUGUAUCAUUUUUGUAUCAGGGUGGACAUUGUCCAUGGUCCAGAAGAAAAAAAGGCCUUGUAUUUGAAGUGAGGAGAGGAGGCAUGUCUUGCUUCUGAGUCCCUGGUAGCAAAGGGAUCAAGUGUCUCUGGGGGAGACUUCCCAGAGGGACAUUUCUUUCCUGAAUGAGAUGUUCAUCCACCCUAUGACUGGCAGGGUUUUAAUCUUCCAUUCAGCAAUGCAAUGCAAUUAAAUUCAAUAAGCAUUAUUAAAUGCCUACUAUGUGCAAGGGUUAUAAAGGUAAAGGGAAACAUCCUCUGCCCUCAAGAAACUUAUAUUGUAGUUGGGGGGAGGGGGUGGAACUUACAUUCUUCCAUUUGGUUCAUUAGUUACUGAAUUGCCCUCAGAUUAUACGUGGGGGCUGCAGGAUGGUUGGAUCAUAUGCUGGGUUCUAGUCUCGCCCAAUUCUCUGGGAAGUCUCUGGCUGUGAUUCCUUCUGUGGCCAGCUAAAGGGACACCCAAAUAAAGAGGACACAGCUGGUCCCCAGAAGAAGAGCUAGUACAAAGAUGCAAAUGUUGGUUUUGUUUACCUCUUCAGAAACAGAAGGAAGCGAUAUGGAAAGGCAGGUUUAUUUCCUAGGACUUAGGGAGUAACCAAAACAAAAAACCAAAAAAACCCCUCAGAGACCACAUAGUCUAAACCAGCCUCUCCUCUCCAUUUCACAGAUUAGGACAAUGAGGGCCAAGGAGGUUAAGUGACUUGUCCAAAGUCACACUAAUUAAUAAAUAAUAAAACCAGGAUUCAAACUAAGGGCGUCUGAUUCCCAAUCCAUUAUAUCCUGGACAGGAAGCUGCCUUCCAAAAGUUUUCUCUCUGACUCCCUUGGGUCCAGAUUUGGAUUACCAGACCAAAAACUUAUUUCUGAUCCCCUGAGGUCAUCAUCUUGCCCACAACUGGUUGCGUUCUUCUGGGUUUCUUCUCUAAAAGGAAAGUUAUUUCAUGGGAGAGGAAGUAAAUGGAUUCUUCUGGAGUGGCUGCUCUCUUCGUCUACACCUACAGAUUCAAGCUCAGCAGUUUCUCCCAUCUUUCUUGGAUCCUGGAAAGUCUACAGAGCCACGGGGGGAGAAUUGGAGCAGAGGAUGGGAUCUCUUUCAUGUGAUCUAGAGAUUAUAGAGAACAAAACUUUGACCCUAAUACAUGGAAUCCCUCCCAAUGGAAGGAACACAAGAGUCAUCUAGUCCAGCCUCUACCCCAGGUUGAGACUUUCCCCCCACAACUUUCAUGAUGAGGUCAUCUGAUAUGGAUUGAAUGCCACAAUGUGGUGGAAGUGGCCCAGAAUCCAGAGUCAAAGGAGCUCAGAUUUGAACCCAUGAGAGUUUGAAUGUGCAGAACAAGGAAUGGAUACCAUAUUUGGAGCCAUAACUAGUAACUUUUACACCCGGAAUAAAGGAAUGGGGGAAAGGUAGGGGUAAAAGCCCACCAGGGGUAUAAUUGCUAGGGGGUGGGGUAGGGAUAAAAAAUGCAACCUUGAAUGGUACUGUCAGAAUCCAACAGAUUCUGGUGCCCUGAUAGCUCUCAUCAUGUUGAUUGAUAUAAAGAGGCGCAUUGUAAUAUAAGACUUGCCACAGAGAAUUCUGUAGUUUCUUCCUAAGCAGGAUCAGUGUAUGUUGUAGCCUGGCAGAUUACCAUCUUUUCAUCUCCUGACUAGCAAGGUUAAGGGACAGAGACUUUUCAGAGCACCCCCCAACUCUGACACCUGUGGCAUCUUCAAUAGAGAGUAAGGAGCAACCUAGCCACCAAGGCAGAUUCCUCCAGAAGCAGCCAGAAGGACGAAGAACCUAGAGGUCUCACCUUGUUCCUGCCAGUCCCGAUGUUUUCAUGUGCCAACACACCCCUCCUAGGAAAAUCCUUGGCAAUCCACUCAAGACCUCUUCAGGAAGUUGGCAUCAUGUUUAAGGCCUGAGAACUGAGCAUAAGGAGCAACAGGGAAGGAAUGGCGGACAAAGUAGAUGGCUACUUGCAACCCUUCCAAAUCUCUUUUCCUCAGCUUCACAUUAUAAGCAGCAGUACAGGAGAGUUCACAGAGUCACAGAUCUCAACAUUUAUUGAGCACGUCUUAGGCGCUAUUCUAGGUGCUGGGGAUAUAAACACAAAAGGAAACAGUUCCUGCCCUCAAGGAGCUUACAUUCUAUCAGAUUUGGCUCAAAAGCAGCUAGUCCAGCCUGUACCUCAGCAGCAAGAGUCUCACCCUCUUACCCAUUGAAUGGGAGAUUUAGCAGAAUAAUCAUCUAGCCUUGAAGGUGUCCAAUAAAUGGGAAUCUGCCACCAUCCCAAAAGUUCAUUUAGCUUUUGGACAGCUCUCGUUGUCAGGAAGUAAUUCUUAUAUCAAAGUGAAAUUUGCCUCUCCAUGACUUUUAGCUACAGGAUUGGUUUUCUCUCUGGGCUCUAGCUGGACCAAUGUCUUUUACAUGAUAGCCCUUCAAAUAAUUAAGUGGAGAAAACUGUCAUGCCCCCUCUCAAAUAUUUUCCUCUAGGUUAAACAAUCCACAGAGUCCUUAGCUAGUCUUCAUUCCCUUUCCCAUCCUUGAAUCCUGUGAGGACAAGUUAGGAUGUGGAACUGAGCAGGUCUUAGUAAACUGAUGCCCCUUACUGUUGAAGUUGAGAGCGCGGACUGAAGACCUCCUCAGUGUGGCUGGGCAUCCCACUGUGUAUCCUUAACUUCCAGGACCAGAGUAGGCAGAAGUAAGCAUUGCAGGAGAGAGGUCUUUUGGUUUAGAUGGCUUAAGAGACUAUUGUGUUAAGGAAAAAUGGGCAGGUCUUGGUUCUUGCCUUGAAGGCCUCUCUCUGCAGAAGAUUCCGUGGCUUGAGUUGUCUUUUGGUUCAUUGCUAAAGCCUGAGGUAUCCCAAAAACUGUGUUUCUCCAUGAAAACAUGGUCCUGAUUCCCAUAGACAUCUGGUCCAUUUCUUCACUUUCCCAGUGAAGGACCACAGCACCACUGUGCCAGGGUCACUGCAGCUCAUGGAUAAACUACUGCCACUUGCACCGUAUGCAGAGGGAAGUGGGGGAGGUGAAUCAGAUCAUUGAGCUCCACAGUGUGUACAUGAAUAAGUAAAUGAAAGGCCUUUUCAGGUACUUGAACUUUGAAGGAAGAUACAUAUUCUACCAGAGGUAGAGUGCAUUCUAAGCACGGGGGUAGGGAGGUGGUAAACAGCCCAGUGCAAAGGCAUAGCAAUGAGAGAUGCCAUACACUAGAAACAACCACUAGUUUAGUUUGGUUGGAACACAAAAUAUGUGAAAGAGGGUAACAUGAGAUCAGUCUGGAAAGGUAGGUUGGAGCAAGACUGUGAAGAGAUUUAAAUGUCAGGAUGGGUGUUUGCAUUUUUAUCUAGAAAUAAUAGAGGGCCACUGAAGAUUUUGUGAUGCCUUAGUUUUUGGUGGUUUGGAGCAUGGAUUGGAAAGAGGGAGAGAUUGGAAGCAGGGAGACCAAUUAGGAAGCUAUUACGGUGGUCUAAGUCAAGAAAAAUGCCAUUGGGAGAAGAGAGUGUGGAAUUUGGAGGCAGAAGCUCUCUAAAACGAAGAGGUUGACCUCAGUGGUUCCUUAAGAUCCCUUCUGACUUGAAGCCUAUGACCCUAUGAAGGAAUAAUCGGCCUCAGUAUGAUGACCAUCUCUUUUUCUAAUUUGGCACAUGCUUCUCUAUGGCCAGUCCUGUUUUAUCUCCAUACCCCUGUGAGGAUGGAGGCAGGGUUUUGUCAACCUGUGUUUUAGGAGAGAAACUUUGGGCCUAAGUUGCAGAGUAGGUCCAAGAAGAGGUGAAACUAGAGCUUAUCCCGGCCCAGCAUUCUUUCUCCUGGACCACGCUACCCAUCUCUCUGGGUCCGCCUCAUCGAGAAAUCAAACAAAAUGAGCACAACUUGAUUUAUCCUCGUAGAAGAAAAAUAAUAGGUCUUGAAAAAAGUCAGUCUAGUGCUUCUAAAUAUGUAUUUACUGACUUAGAAUCCAAAGAUCUGAAGGGCCAUCUGAGCCAAUUCCUACCAAGAUCAUGAACCCCCAUCACCAGCAUUCCUGAAAAAUGUUCAUUUUUGGAGACCACAAGUGAUGGGGACUUCAAUAAUAACAAUAGCUACCGUUUACGUAGUUCUUUCUAUAGUAUCUUGGUUGAUCCUCACAAUAGCCCUAUGAGACAGGUGCUAUUAUUAUCCCCAUUUUACAGUUGAGGAAAUUGAUGCUGAGAAAGCCCAGGGUCACACAGCUACUAAGUAUAUAAGGCAGAAUUUGAACUAAGCUCUUCCUGAUUGCAGGUGUAGUGUUCUAACCAUUAGACCACCUCACUACCCAUUGUCCUCUAAAGCAGCCCAUUCCAUUUUUGGAUAAUUCUAAUUGUUACGUGCUUUUCUCUUACAUGGGAAAAAAAAUUCUGCCUCCCUCUAAUUUCUCCUCUUGCUCCUAGUUUUGUCUUUUGGGGCAAAGGAGGACAAGUAAACCCCUCUUCUCCGUGAUGGCUCUUCAGAUGCUUGAAGAUGAUCAUGUGCUCCUUCAAGUCUUCUGAGCAUCCCUGAUUUUUUCUACUAAUGCUUUGGUGGAAUUGUUUCCUGUCCCUUCAUGAUACUGUUCACUCUGUUCUGGACAAGAUUCCAUUUGUUACUGUCUGCUAAAAUGUAACUGUAGGGGUGGUUGGUCUUGGCCAUGAUCAAUUGCUGUCAGUGAGGUCUAUCUCAUCUACCACCUGGGAAUUGGACUUGAAAGCUGCAGAGGGAAUGAUGGGAUGGAAUGCUAUGGCCACACAACAUUAUUCUUGAGCUAUCGGUAACCUGCUGAUCCUGCUGAACUUACAUUACCUCCAACACCCUGCAGACCCUAUCUCCACUGUGCAUACUAUACCAUAAAUUCAUUAGAAAGACA